AUGGGGGAAUGGACCAUCUUGGAGAGGCUGCUGGAAGCCGCGGUGCAGCAGCACUCCACUAUGAUCGGGAGGAUCCUGUUGACUGUGGUGGUGAUCUUCCGGAUACUCAUUGUGGCCAUUGUGGGGGAGACGGUGUACGAUGAUGAGCAGACCAUGUUUGUGUGCAACACCCUGCAGCCCGGCUGUAACCAGGCCUGCUAUGACCGCGCCUUUCCCAUCUCCCAUAUCCGUUAUUGGGUCUUCCAGAUCAUAAUGGUGUGCACCCCCAGUCUCUGCUUCAUCACCUAUUCCGUGCAUCAAUCGGCCAAGCAGAGAGAACGACGGUACUCUACUGUCUUCCUAGCCCUGGACAGAGACCCCACUGAGUCUAUAGGGGGACCUGGAGGAACUGGGGUUGGGGGCAGUGGUGGGAGCAAGCGAGAAGAUAAGAAGUUGCAAAAUGCCAUUGUGAAUGGGGUGCUGCAGAACACAGAGAACACCAGCAAGGAGACAGAACCAGAUUGCUUAGAGGUUAAAGAGCUGACUCCACACCCGUCAGGGCUGCGCACAGCAGCAAGGUCCAAGCUCCGAAGACAGGAAGGUAUCUCCCGCUUCUACAUCAUCCAAGUGGUAUUCCGAAAUGCUCUGGAGAUUGGGUUUCUGGUGGGCCAAUACUUUCUUUAUGGCUUCAGUGUACCAGGGUUGUAUGAGUGUAACAGAUACCCCUGCAUCAAGGAGGUGGAAUGUUAUGUGUCUAGACCUACUGAGAAGACAGUCUUUCUGGUGUUCAUGUUUGCUGUGAGCGGCAUUUGUGUGGUGCUCAAUCUGGCUGAACUUAACCAUCUGGGAUGGCGCAAGAUCAAACUGGCUGUCCGGGGGGCCCAGGCCAAGAGAAAGUCAGUCUAUGAGAUACGUAACAAAGACCUGCCUCGAGUCAGUGUUCCCAAUUUCGGCAGGACUCAGUCCAGUGAUUCUGCCUAUGUGUGA